GCUUCUCGAACGCUCAAUCUGUUACGACUGUGACGAGCGUGUGGAAGAUAUCUCAAACGUAGUCACAAGUCAUGGGGAAGUUGUCCAGACGUCAUGUGCAAGAUCAAACUUCUGCCGCCAAUACUAUAUAUCGGCUAUGCAAGCCUGUCGCAAAGAACUACAGAAGCCAGGAAGCAGUAAGACAGAUAAUCUUCACAAUAAAGUCACGGAAGCUCAAGGUUUGUUCCACAUAGUCCAGUACAAGCAUGAGCCCUACUACUUCACAGCAGAGCAUAACCCCACCUAAAACGCCCGAUGAGUUUCUCGCUAUGAUUAUCAAGUUGGACGAAGAAAGGAAGUCGCAGCAUUUACCGAGCCACACCACUGAGCAAAUAUGUACGCACUCUUGUGGAAGCAUCAUUACUUCCGAAGGGGGUCCAGGUGCAACAGGAAAUCGGCAGCGAACACCCUUGCGUUCGGAGAGGCACCAUGCCCUUCGACUUGCUGAUGAGACCCAGCGCAGCGUGAGACUGGGCAAAGAUGGAUUCAGCCUGGAACAACAGGAAGUAUACAAUGCCUGCCAUUGCGAAGAGAUCUUAGACUCGUUCGAGACAAACGUCAAGCAAUCAAGGGGGCAUGGGCAUGCGUGGCAGCGGACAGCGAAUUCGAUAGAACGUGCCGCUCCAGGAAUCCUUGGUUAUUCGUUAGACUUGACGAGGUCCGUGUCCCUUACGAAUAUGUUGGCCUGGAAAAAUCUGAAACAUUGGCCAAGCCAAAAGGAAGUCGAAAGCUGGCAGUUGGUGUACAGGGUGUACGGCAGAAAUGAAGAGGAAGAGGAUGACAAUUCUUCGGUCCUAAGUGCCCCGCCCAGAUCAAGCCUUGAAAUGCCCAAGCCCGUCGACAGGGUGAGUGGCGAGGAAAGCGUAGAGAAGUAGAGUGUAGGCCAGAUCGAAGAUGAAACAUGUUUGCUUUGCUAUUUUAGUUCGGUUGACACUGCUGGUCGCGUGUAGCAAAGAAGCGCAAUAACCUGGUGUAAAGUAUGCUUGAUGAGUACCAACCAUGUCAGCGCGAGACGUGCAGACGCGCUCGACAGCCACUCAUGUUGAUGCUGCGACGACGGAGAGUAUUGACU